CACUGGUUUGGCAGUGUGGUUUGGCAAGCGAAAGCGUGAGGUUGUGUUUAUUUCUCAUCGGGUAGCAGACGCCGGUUGUAUUGAAAAAACAAAAAUUAUAAGAAAAUUAAAAUGCCAUCUGCAGCGUCGACUACAGUGCGCAUACUGAUCGGCGGCCUAGCGCUUCUAGUCGCCGUAGGCUACAAGAACUACCGCGACUUGGGGGCGCCUGGCAAACGUCCAGAUUUGGAUAAUAAUGAAUAUUGGGGACCCCAGCUUAAGGGCCAAUAUCAAGAGAUUAAAGCCAUUAAGCCAUUCGACAUAAGCGUAUCGCCUGAGCUUAUAGCCGAUUUGAAGGCACAGCUGGAACGUCCGCUCAAAGUACAGGAACCGUUAGAAGGCAUUGGCUUUGAAUACGGUAUCAAUUCCAAUGAGCUGAAAAAGGUGGUGAAAUAUUGGCGUGACAGUUAUUUGCCCAACUGGAAUGAACGCGAGCAAUUCCUUAAGAAAUUCCAGCAUUUCCAGACUGAAAUUCAAGGUUUGAAGAUUCAUUUUAUACAUGCGAAGCCAACUAAUGUAGAGGGCAAAAAGGUGCUGCCCUUGCUCCUGAUGCAUGGCUGGCCUGGAACUGUUAGAGAAUUCUAUGAUUUCAUUCCAUUGCUGACCACAGGCAGCGAUAAGAGUGAAUACGUUUUCGAGGUGAUAGCGCCCAGUUUGCCAGGCUAUGGCUGGUCACAGGGUGCUUCGCGACCUGGAAUGGGCGUCGCUCAGGUGUCAGUGAUCUUGCGCAAUCUGAUGCUGCGUCUGGGCUUUGAUAAGUUCGUCAUUCAGGGCGGCGAUUGGGGCAGCACUAUUGGCAGCAGUAUUGCCAGCCUAUUCCCAGAGAACACGCUGGGCUAUCACUCCAAUAUGUGUGGCAACAAUAGCCCAUUGGGUAGUCUACGUUUGAUACUCUCCUCCAUCAUUCCAUCCUUUUACAUAGACAGCCAAUACUCAGAGUACUACAAGGGCGUAGGCCACUUAUUUGUCACAAUUAUGGAAGAGUUUGGCUAUGCACAUAUACAGGCCACCAAGCCAGAUACUAUUGGCGCUGCUUUGGCACAUAAUCCCGUUGGCCUGGCUGCUUAUAUACUUGAAAAGUUCUCCACAUGGACCAAUCCAGCGUAUAAGAACUUAAAGGACGGCGGCUUAACUAAACAUUUUACCUACGAACAGCUGCUCGAUAACAUAAUGAUCUACUAUGUUACUAACUCGAUAACCACCUCCAUGCGUUUGUAUUCUGAGUCGUUGAGCAAAGAACAAUUCAGUUUGAAUUUGGAAAAUUUGCCAAUCAAGGCGCCUGCAGGCUGUGCUCGUUUUGCCCACGAAAUCUUCCAUGCGCCCGACUCUGUGCUGGCUAAUAAAUACCCGAAUCUGAUACAUAGCACACAUUAUCCGGACGGUGGACACUUCCCAGCAUUCCAGGUGCCACAGAAGCUCUACGAAGACUUUGUGUCCUUUGUUCAAAAAGCAUUUAAUUAAUUUUUGAGUCUAUUUAUUCAUGUUGUACUUUUAAAUACGGCACAGGGAAUGAAUAAAAAUUUUUGUUGUUUAAAUAUUUAAAAAAAA